GAGAAGCUGAAUGUUCAUCCAUUCCGUAACCAUGAUGUGAAGAUGCCAGUGUUGGACUGGGUUUCACAUCUAUUUUUGCGUUCAAUAUAUAUAAUAAAGAUAAAGACAAUUCUGUAUGUUUCAAAUAAACCAGAAAACAAUGCAAGUAUACAAGUCCACCAAAAUCUGAAAAACAGACCAAUGCGUUAAGUUGUGAGAAAUUUUGAUGCACAGGAUGGCUUCCAAGUUAAUGUGGUUGGUACUUGGAGUAGUCAGGGUGCUAUGGUGCCUAGCACCACAAACAGGCUAUAUACAUCCUGAUGAAUUUUUCCAGUCUCCAGAGGUUAUGGCAGGUGAUAUUUUGAAUCUCAAAACUUACCGUACUUGGGAAUUCAAUACCAGCUACCCCAGCAGAUCAAUUCUGUUCCCAUUGAUCACCACUGGAUUUUCAUUCACAACACUUAAAGCUUUACACAAUUCUGGCCUAUUUGACAAAAUCCUAAAUGGUUACAGUUUGUUGGUUUUCCCUAGAUGCUACCUAACAUGUGUGUCUUUUAUACUAGACUAUUCUGUAUACCAUUUAGCCUGUCUCUGGGGAGCAGAUCCAUGGGAUGCAUUGACACUACUGAGUGGGUCACAUGUGGUGUUAGUUUUCUACACCCGGACAUUUUCAAAUGUCAUAGAAGCAGUACUUUUUGCAUUACUGCUGCUGUUAGUAGCCAUGGACAUAAAGCAAGCAAGUGUGGCAACGCAUUCUAUGAGAAAGGAAAGCGGGAACAAAAAACAUUUUAUUGGGAUUGUUUUGGUCUCUGGUUUUUUUAACAGGCCCACAUUCAUUGGUUAUGCUCUAAUACCAAUGUUCCGAUGGCUUUUUUGUGAUCAGAAAGGCAUUAGUCAGUUUGAUUUAAGACGAAUUGUGAAGCGUUUCUUUGGUCUUCUAUCAUCUGUAAUUGCGACCAGUUUUCUUUUCAUUGUGACAGAUGCAUUGUAUUUUGGUUCAUUGUUAUCUGAAAGAGCUUGGUUUUUGAAAGAUGGGAAUAACAUUUACACACUAUUUGUCAACAUAAGCCAACAUCUCGUUUUAACCCCUGUUAAUCUAAUUUUAUAUAACUUGGACCAAAAAAGCCUUAUCGCACAUGGUAGCCACCCCUGGUUUACACAUCUGACUGUGAACAGUUUUCUACUGUUUGGCGGCCUCCACUUGGCUGCUGUGACAACUGGUGUCAAAACAAUGGUUAGCAAAUUUGCAUGUAAAGCCAGUGGCCAUACCUCUCACAAAGGCAAUUUGGAAAAUAAAUUGCCUGCAAAGCUUUCUAUGACUACUCAAAUUACUGAGUAUUUACUGUUGGUUUACUUUAUCCCUAUUGUUGUUCUAUCAAUGUUUAGUCAUCAAGAGCCACGCUAUAUUAGUCCACUCAUUGUGCCACUUGUCAUCCUUAGUGCUUCAAAAUAUAAGAUGUGGAGUUGGAAAGUUGUAAUAGUGGUAUUUAAUCUCUUGGGGUCAGUGUUUUUUGGCUGUCUGCACCAGGGUGGACUAAUUCCUUGUCUGUCUUAUUUAGAAAAAGUUCUUCACUCAGAAAAUCCUUUGCCUAGCCAGACUGAGCAUAAUUUUAUUUUUUACCAUACCUACAUGCCUCCUAGGUAUCUUCUUAACAUCAAAUCAGAUGAAAAGUUUGUUAGAAUCAUUGACCUAGGAGGGUCUGAUGUGUCUUUUCUUAAUAACACAAUGAAUGAGCUACUUGACAAUUCUGCUUCAAAACACUUUGGGAAGAAUGAGGAAAUAAAUAUCUACAUGAUUGCCCCUGGCACUGUUCAAGAUGAUAUCAAAAAUUGUGGUUUUCAAUGGAAAACUGUUGCAUCGUUCUUCCCUCAUUUAACUAUGGAAGACCCGCCUGAUAUUUCUUCUCUCCUUUCUGAAGAUGGAUUAACCCAACUGAGUCUUUACAUUUUCAAAGUGCACAUAAAGUUGAAGCAGCCAGAACAUUAAUAGGAUUCAGUUUGAUUUAGUUUUCUUCCUGCUGUCUAUUUUUGCAAUAUAUUUGUGGAUACUUUGGCUUAGGAUCUGUUUGUAAAGCAUUCAAGUCCUUUGUCUGGAACAGUAUUUGCAGCACCUGAAGCCUAAACAUAUUGGAAUGGAACUUUUUAAAAAAUGUUUCUGAUUUUAACAAAUCAUGAGAUUAAGAAACAGAGGCUCUAUCUGCAGAAUGAUUAUCAUGGAACCAAAAUCUUCAAAAACACAGUUAAAAUUACAAGUAUUCAAUGAUGAUCCUUUGUAGUGUAUUGUAAUGGUUUGUGUUUACAAAUUCACUUCUGAGAGUUAAAUGUUUUGAGGGUGUGAGGCAGAAAUGUAGGCAGAUCUCUUUCCACCAUAGACCACACUAGUAGUUUGUUAAUUUAUGAUAUUCGUGGAAAGCAGUAAAGAAACAUUAUCUUUUUCUGUGUUAUGUGGGCACAUAAAGGGUGGAGGAAUCCUAAAGAAAGGAAAAAAAUUCGAUAUUUAUGAGAACAAGUGAAUUGUUUUAUGUUUGGAGAAAUCAAAUGUUCCAUUACAAAGUCUCUUUGUAAUAGUAUACUGAGUGUAUCAGAAUUAUCAUAGUCCUUGUGAUCAAAUUACGACAGUUGUAUUAUAGGGAAAACUGAUAUAUCAGUUGCGCAUCUGUUCCCUCCAAUGUUAUGUGUUUUUAAACUAAAAUUUCUGAAUUAUCUGAAGAUAUGCACACAUCCAAGUAAGAUCAUUUUACAAUGUAAAGGAGAAAAGAUGAAUGUGAUCCAUUUCCCUUCUUGAUUAAUAACAUUAGAUAGCAUUAUGGAACACUUUGUUUGACCUAUAUGUGAUGAUGGAAGAUUUAUAUUUAUUUUAUAGUCCUUACGUUAGACUGAAGAGAAACAGUCAAAAUAAACAUUUGGUACAUUUUCAGGUCGGGUUAUGUUCUGACAUUAAGGAUCUGAACAGUGUACAAUUUGAGAGAGUUUUCAAAUGUGUAAGGUAGAUAAUGAUUGUCUAAAGAAUAAAAAUAAAUGGUGACACAAAA